UUGCGAUAGGGGUGGUGAUGUUCAGGCCAGCAAUGGACAGUUUCCGGGCACUGUGCCGGCUCCGCGCGCCUCGGUCCCGGCUCGCGCUCGCGCGCUCGGAGGGGCGCUCGGAUCCACAAUCCACGAUCCACACGGCGCUCACGGCAGCACAAAGGCAGCAUAAAGCAUAGAGCAUAAGGCAUAGAGAGUUAGUUACGUUUUCACCCCCGCUUCAACCUGUCGACAUACCGCGCGAAUACCGAAUCAAUACAUGAACAAUAUAUAUAUACAUAUACACACAACGAAACCCAGCGGCCUUUCCUUUCUGUGACGACUGCUAGGAGGGUUACUGGAACAUACACCUCGCCGUUGGAUAAUUGAUCCUCGAUCCGCUCCACUACAAACAUUGGUCCUUCGAGCCGGAUCUUCGCCUUCCCCAUAAGGAGAAGCUCACCCCAGCCAGCAUCGGCGGAUCGCUCCAAGUUUCCAUCCUCAUCCAGACAUGGCCCCACGGAUCCGCGCCAGCCGCACCACGGAGAGCCGGCGUGAUCGAGGGAUCAACUCGUACCGUUGCCGGGUCUGCCGAGGAAUUCAUCCGCUACGGACCUGUCACCAUUUCCUUCGCCUGAGCCCUGAGAAGAGACUCCGAGCUGUCCUCAUUAACAAAUAUUGCGGAAAUUGCCUGGCCCACCAACACUCCGGCCAGGAUUGUCGCAGUGGCGGGCUGUGCCGGGUGUGUGGCAAAAACCACCACACUCUACUCCACAUACCGUCGUCUCGUCGUCCAGUCCGCUCGGCCUCAGGAGCAUCGUCGCCAUCUACAGCGCCCCACGUCAAACGCCGACCUCGGCGUCCAGCCCGCUCAGCCUCGGCUGCAUCGUCGCCAUCCACGUCGGCCCACGCCGACCGCCGCCCGCGUCUCCCCGUGAGCCGCCCCGUGGCAGGGCCCCCGGCACCAUCCGUCGACUCACUUCUACAACAUCGAAGCCUCAUCCUACUCCCGACGGCGCUGGUGGUCUUGGAUACGGGUUCCAAAAACUUCGAGACGGCGGCGCUCAUCGACCCAUGCACGCCGGUGAGCUGUAUUGACGACUCCUUGGCCAGCGCCUUCAAGUUGCCCACCACUUGUGUGGGGGACGAGAAAGUGUGUACGGCGGUGAUCCGCGCCAAAAUGGGCGACUUCCAGUUGGAGACGAUGCUCAAGGUCGAGCCCCGUGUGCGCAUCCGCACGCCUAUCCGACAGCUGAGCGAUUCCGUGCGGGCGCGUUUCGGUGACCUGAGGCUUGCCGAUGAACAAUUCCAUCGACCGGCGACAAUCUCGCUCAUCUUGGGAGCAGAUGUCUACCCGAAGGUGAUCCAGCCCGGGUUCCUUGCGCGUGAGGACGGCCUGCCGGUGGCCCAGAGCACCGUUUUUGGAUGGAUCGUGUCGGGGGCGUGCACCCAGCCAUAGGCCACCCCAUUAUACUUUGCAAUCCUGCAAGGGGGGGGGAGGAUGUUCAGGCCAGCAAUGGACAGUUUCCGGGCACUGUGCCGGCUCCGCGCGCCUCGGUCCCGGCUCGCGCUCGCGCGCUCGGAGGGGCGCUCGGAUCCACAAUCCACGAUCCACACGGCGCUCACGGCAGCACAAAGGCAGCAUAAAGCAUAGAGCAUAAGGCAUAGAGAGUUAGUUACGUUUUCACCCCCGCUUCAACCUGUCGACAUACCGCGCGAAUACCGAAUCAAUACAUGAACAAUAUAUAUAUACAUAUACACACAACGAAACCCAGCGGCCUUUCCUUUCUGUGACGACUGCUAGGAGGGUUACUGGAACAUACACCUCGCCGUUGGAUAAUUGAUCCUCGAUCCGCUCCACUA